AUGGCUGCGCAGCCAGCCGGCCCGUCCUUGGCUUGCUUGAGAUACCCACAUAUAAAACCCCUGAUCUCGAACUACCCGAGAAAGUCGAUCAUGAGGCACACUGGGAUACAGUGCCCUAUACUUGCCCAUCCCGCGAUCCGAGAUCCAUCAAGAUGCAACCGCUCGUUCUCCACCACAACAGUCCGUCAGGACUGGUUGACACCAAAAAGGCCGGAAGUGAGGAAGUCUCACGUAGGACGUCCACGAAUGCCCACUGGCGGUUCAAUGCGUGGCACGACCGUUGUCUGGGGCGACUACGGGCUGCGGAUGAAAGAUCACGAUCGACGAGUCUCGGCGAAACAACUCAAGAAUGCCGAAGAAACUAUCAACAGGAGACUGCGGGGCGAACGUUUUAGGUUGUACAAGAGAGUAAGCGCAAAUAUUGGUGUCUAUACGAAAGGCAGUGACGUGCGAAUGGGAAAAGGAAAGGGUAAAUUCGACUACUGGGCAGCGCGUAUACCAGUCAGCAGGGUCGUGUUUGAGAUUAAGGGCAAACUCCACGAGCAGGUGGUAAGAGACGCAUUUAGGUUGGCUGGAAACAAACUGCCGGGCCUUUGGGAGUUCGUAAAGAAGGGAGACCCGCCGAUGGUUGGCAUCACAAAACUGGGCAAUGGAGUGACAUUGGAGAAGCUCAAGGAGGCCAGGAGAGAAGUGGAACCCAAGAACAACAACAGGACACAACCGACCACACCUGCGAUGGCAGGACUUCCUCAGACGAUGGGAACUGAACUAGGUCCACCGCCAACAACUUUUCACGUUUCGCCGUGA